UGUAUGUAUUUUUUUUAACGUGUGAAAAAAUGCUAAGUACAUGCAAAUUUCCUCCUCUCGAAAUUGCACUUUCUUCUCUUUACCUUCGGGGGUGGCAAGGUUUGGACCAGAAGCAUCUGCAAUCAUGUGGUCAUUCAGCUGGGAGUAGAAAAACAUUCCAACCUUAGAGAUGUUGCAAGAGUAUUAAUCUUGUACUUAGUUUGCAAAGAUUCACCAAUUGUUAACAUUUUGCCACAUUUGUUUAACCUGUCUCUCGACAUUUAUCACAUUGUUACCGUGGUUGCCCAACUGUUUGCCAGUAAGCUGGGGGCAAGGUGACUCCUGACCCUGAACGUUUUGUAGUUUCUCGGGAAAACAAGAAUUUCCAUUUGUGUAACCGUUAGGCCAGGAUCGAAUUCAGGAAAUACACGGUGGAUACAAUGUGGUUACUCGGUCUACAUGGUCUGUAUUCAGGUUUCUUAGCUGUCCUGCUAGUGUCCCUUACCGCAGCUUCUCGGCGGGGCCGGGAUCUGACCGAGGGUCACCCGGAGCUCUCGGUCCGCACAUGGCACAUGGCCCGUGAGGUCACUAGACAGUGCAGGACAAGCAGGCCUGUGCUGGCACCCACGGGGCAAAGUCCUUCUCCACGUCUGAUUUCUCCUGAGGGAUUCCAGCUCCUCCUACGUUGUGGCUCAGCUCCUUUGGGAGAAGUAGGGGCUGUUUUGCAGCCCAAAGUCCCCUCCUACAAAGCAGUUAGUGACUUUCCUGUCCUUACCACUGACCUCCCACCUUGGGCCUUGCCAGACAAUGUAAAGUAAAAAUGUCCACCCAUGUCUCCCUGAAGGGCAGCUCAGUGGCUGUCUGACCACUCCUGAGGAAAGACAGCUGGAGACCCUGGGAGCCAUGGCCGGUUCUGAAGGCCAGGGAGGGGCAUGUCUCGCUGGCUGCGGGACUACGGUGAAGUCACUUCAUGCUCUGGAUACGGUGGCCUCCCCUGUCAAGUGAUGGGUUGAGACAAAGGAUUCCUCAUGAUACUGCUGGCUUGGUCAGGGAAAGCUCUCUGGAGGUGGUCUGGUCACCCCAUGAGCUGGGAGCUGUGGCUCCCUUGUCAUAUCAUGAGCCCCCCCAGCAGGGAGCCCACAGGUCAGUGUCCACCACGGCAAGGCCCACAUCUCGUGCUAGGCCUCCAGGCACUGUGAACAAAGGCAGCCUUUGGUCUUGAACUCUAGGAAGUGACUGGGCGAUAUUCUGUGUUGGGAGAGGAAGAAACACCCCCUCCACCAGGAUGACAGGCAGAGAGCAGAAGAGUAGCAGUCGGGCCUCUUGGUCAGCUGGUCCCAUCAGUGUGGUGACCAGAGCCGUGUUGGGUGCUCACCAGUGCAGGGCGGCUCUCCCAGAGACCCAGGAUUCCGUGAAGACCCUACACUUGGACACAAAGCCAGGAUGCGUGAAAUCGUACAUAUUCAGAUUGGCCAGUGUGGCAACCAGAUUGGAGCCAAGUUCUGGGAGGUGAUUGGCGAUGAGCACGGGAUCGACUCAGUGGGCGGCUACUGCGGGGACUGUGCUUUGCAGCUGGAGAGGAUCAGCGUGUACUACAACGAGGCCCACGGUAAGAAAUAUGUGCCUCGGGCGCUGCUGGUGGACCUGGAGCCUGGGACGAUGGAUAGCAUCCGAUCCAGCAAACUGGGAGCGCUCUUUCAUCCAGACAGCUUCAUCUACAGUAACUCUGGGGCUGGCAACAAUUGGGCCAAGGGCCACUACACGGAGGGCGCCGAGCUGGCCGAGAGCGUGCUGGACGCCGUGCGCAGCGCCAGCGAGGCCUGCGACUGCCUGCAGGGCUUCCAGCUGGUGCACUCACUGGGCGGCGGCACGGGCGCGGGCAUGGGCACGCUGCUGCUGAGCAGGAUUCGUGAGGACUUCCCCGACCGCAUCCUGAACGCCUUCAGCGUCCUGCCGUCGCCCAAGGUGUCAGACACGGUGGUGGAGCCAUACAACGCCGUGCUGUCCCUGCAGCAGCUGGCGCAGCACGCCGACGCCUGCUUCUGCAUCGACAAUGAGGCGCUCUACGACAUCUGCGUCCGCACGCUCAAGCUGGCGGCACCCAGCUACAGCGACCUCAACCACCUGGUGUCCCUGACCAUGAGCGGCAUCACCACGUCCCUGCGCUUCCCGGGCCAGCUCAACGCCGACCUGCGCAAGCUGGCCGUGAACAUGGUGCCCUUCCCACGCCUGCACUUCUUCAUGCCCGGCUUCGCGCCGCUCACUAGCCGCGGCGGCCAGCAGUACCGCGCACUCACGGUGGCCGAGCUCACGCAGCAGGUGUUCGACGCGCGCAACGCCAUGGCUGCCUGCGACCCGCGCCGCGGCCGCUACCUGACCGUGGCCUGCAUCUUCCGGGGCCGCAUGUCCACCAGGGAGGUGGACGAGCAGAUGCUGACCGUGCAGACCCGGCACAGCAGCUGCUUCGUGGACUGGAUCCCCAACAAUGUCAAGGUGGCCGUCUGCGACAUCCCGCCGCCGGGUCUGAGCAUGGCCGCCACCUUCAUGGGCAACAGCACGGCAGUGCAGGAGCUCUUCAGCCGCGUGGCUGAGCACUUCUCGGCCAUGUUCCGCAGGAGGGCGUUUGUGCACUGGUACACCAGCGAGGGCAUGGACGUGGGCGAGUUUGCCGAGGCCGAGAGCAACAUCCAUGACCUGGUGUCCGAGUAUCAGCAGCUCCAGGACGCCAAAGCCGCUGAGGAGGAGGAGGACGCAGAGGCCGUGGGGGAGGCAGAAAUGGAGCCGGAAGACGGGCCCCAGGUACCUGGUGAGGCCGCGUGAGGCCUAAGCAGGGUCCCUGCAGGGUUCCUGUCCGCCCCAAUGAUCACAUGCGCAUCCCGGAGACAGGGCCCAGGUGGGAGCUGGGGGCACUGGGGCCUCCCGCUGGCAUUCGCUAACCUUUGAGACUUCCAUACUCCUGUGCAAACUCUAUUAACUGGUUUUUAAUAGCAAAGUGAAUUUGUUGCGAAGCACUGCCUUUGUUUAACAAUGUUGAUUGGGUAGUCACUGCACGCACAGCUCCCUACCAGACACCAAGACUCCGGGUGUGCGGCAUGUGCUCUCCACCCUUUCAUGGUGCUGACAAGCACCCUGCCACCCUUGCUUGGCACCCUUGCUAAGAGUCUUACCCUAGGUUCUGUCAUGUGUGCUGCCCAGCAUCCUACCUCCUGGUACUUGCUGGCCUCCAGAAGAGCCAGGUGACUAAUUGGUACGUGGGGAGCUGUGCAGCCAAGGCAAGUGAGUCAGCAUCCACUAGUGAAUUGUGUAGACCUUGUGUGCACGUCAGCGUACUAACUGGAAAGGGAAAAUGGGAGGAAAAAAAAGUGGCAAUGCUUUUCAUCAAAAUACCUGGCCAACCUCCCUCCCCCAAACAACAGGCAAAACUCACCAACUCCAAUCCUCUGAUCUUUAUUUCUGAAUAGCUAGCUUUUAAUGUGUGUGUUGAGAUAGUUUCUUAUGAGUGUUGGAUUCUGGGAAUUCAUUAAUCACCAUCUUCAGUUUUCCUUGUAAAGGCUAUUUCAAAAUGCCCUUUUCACUUUCAUUCAGUAAACACUUUCUGAAAGCGCUCUGUAGCCUCUGCUCUUUCAGAAAGGGCACCCGGUGUGCUGGGCAACCAUUCAAAUGCAGGAAUUCAGCAGCCGCCCGCUGCAGUGUCCUUCCUCCUUGUGGAGGACGUGAGCUCAUUAGGGAACUUUUACAGUUCAAAUUAAUUUGCAGAAGUUGCCAUAAAUGUUUGCAUGAUGACACAGCUUUAGCCAUUACCAGAGUUUAAUCUGCUCACAUUACAACAGGACCAAAUACACAGGAGUGUAAUCAAAUCAUCCAUAACUUUUUAAUUACAGUUUACCUAUUUCUGACAUACAGCACAGCCAUCCCUUCCAGGGCCAUAAGGGUCUUAAUGGCCUUCUAGAAUUACCACUGAGCUAUCCUAUUUGAUCCAUGGGUAGUCAGCAAUGGAAGAGGCUCUGACCCUCCCUGCAGGAAAUAUUUACUUGCAACCAACUAGGCUCUGGUUUCCCGAUUCGUGUUGGUAAUCUGCAAUAAGGUUAGCAGGUGGCUGCACAACACUGGCUGCUCAUGCUGAGAAACAUCACUCCUCAUGUAUGCAUUGUGAUAUAACUACACCAAAUCUGUAUGGGGAGAAAAUGAGGUUCUGCUAAUCAGCUUCACAAGCCUUUUACCUACAACACUUAAAAAAAAAAGUUUUAAACACUUUCUACUUGUGGUUCAAGCACUAAAACCAAAAGUAUAUUUAUUAGGAAACUGUACCUAUGCUGUUUGAAGUUCAUAACUUCUUAGAAACUAAAAAGACUUAUGACCUUUGAAGUUAUAAGAAUUUAUAUAUGCUUCCUCUAGCACUUUCCUUCUCCAAUCUAAAAAGGCAAUCAAAUAGAUACAAGGAAGAAUACAGAUCUAAAUUAAAAAAGAAAAAAAAAACCUGCUGAUUUAUAUUACUGUCAAGAUUUUUGUUUGCUCAAUAGUAAUCAUUAAAGUACAAGGAAAUUCAAUUUUAAAUGGCUAAAUUGCUUUAUUUCAGACUAAAUAAAUUCCUUUUCUUGGAGCCUAA